AUGCUUUUUAGGGAGUUUAAAACAUCAUUGAAACUUAUAAGAAAACAAAAUAAUAUGUUUAUUCGUUUUUUAUAUACACAUGAGUAUGUAUUGGCAAAUACUUCUUUGAAACAGCUGCUUAAUUUGAGAAUUAGGACUCUAUAUACGUGUAAAUGGAGUUCUUUGCGAUGCCAUAGAUUUUGCUUUGUAGAAAAAAGGCCUUUUUAUUUGAUAUUUACUUCAUCAUCAAAACGUCUUUUUUUGCAUCCUGGUUUUAGAAAAAGUAUUUAUUAUGAUCAUAAGAAUGGGAAAAGUCAUCAAAAUGGACAAAAUACAACUAUUCACUCGAAAAUAAUGUUUUCCGAAUUAAAACGCUUUGUUAAAUUGCUUAAAGGCGAAACUAGAAUGUUAUCGGUUGCUAUUAUUCUUCUGUUUUUUGGGUCUUCUGUUUCUAUGUCUAUGCCAUAUAUUAUUGGGAAAAUUUUGGAUUUUAUGGUUCAACCAUUUAAAGGCACUUUUUUUGGGAUUGAGCCCUUUUAUUUCUAUACAGGACUUGCUGUUAUUUUCCUAGUUAGUGGGGCAUCUAAUUUUGGACGUAGUCUCCUUUUACGAAUUAUUAGUGAAAGAGUUAUAUCUAAAUUACGAUCACGUUUAUAUCAGAAUACUAUCAGACAAAAUAUAGAAUUUUUUAAUGUUAAUCCGAGUGGUGAUUUGAUUUCACGUUUGUCUUCAGGUAGAAAUAUAUUUUUUUACUUUGUUUUUGAUUUUUCUUUAGAUACAACAAUCGUUGCUAAAACUCUUACUCAAAACUUUUCUGAUGGUUUAAAAUCUUUAAUCACCACAACUGCUGGACUUACAAUGAUGACAUGGAUAUCUGUAAAAUUAACUUCAGUCAUGAUGUUAAUUCUGCCACCAAUCGUAAUUGGUUCAGUGUUCUAUGGGCGUUAUAUAAAAGCUUUAUCAAAAAAAAUUCAAAAAACUUUAGGAGAUUUAACAAAAGUUUCCGAGAAUCUCAGAAAUAUAUAUACAAUUAAAGCUUUUACAGGCGAAACACUUGAAUUACGCUCUUAUAAUAAUAAAAUUCGAAAAGUCUUCCAAUUGAAUAAGAAGGAUGUACAACAACCAUGUAUAUGUUAUAUACUUAUUGGGCUAUCAGGGAAUAUGGUAGUAUUGGUUAUUCUUGCUUUUGGGGGACGCAUGGUUAGCAAUUCUAUUAUAACUAUUGGUGAUCUCAGUUCCUUUUUGUUAUAUACGGCAUAUACAGGAAAUUCUAUGAUUGGGUUAAGUGGAUUUUAUUCUGAAUUUAUUAAAGGGUUAGGUGCAUCAUCUCGGUUGUUUGAAUUAUUGGAUAAAAAGCCAUCUAUAAAAUCCACAGGUAUUUUUGUCACUAGUAUUAAAGGACCUAUUGAAUUCAAAGAUGUUUGUUUUGCAUAUCCUUCUCGUCCAGAUAUACCUAUUUUUUCUAAAUUAUCGUUUACAAUAGAGCAAGGUACAAAUGUUGCAAUUUGUGGUCCUAGUGGAGGAGUAGGAAAAUCAACAAUAGCAUCACUCCUUUUAAGAUUUUAUGAUAUAGACUCUGGAAAAAUUACUAUUAAUAAUAUGGAUAUUCGGGAAUUUAAUUUAAAACAAUUUCGAAAAAAGAUUGGUAUUGUACCACAAAAUCCUACACUUUUUUCUGGUACUAUAAAAGAAAAUAUUGCUUAUGGAAAACCGGAUGCAACAUUAGAAGAAAUAAUAAAAACAAUAAAAAAAUCUAAUUCUAAUUUUAUUAUGGAUUUUCCUAAUGGUAUCAAUACUCAUAUUGGAAAUAAUGGAAUACAAUUAAGUGGAGGACAGAAACAAAGGAUUGCAAUUGCUAGAGCGUUAAUUAAAAACCCUGAAAUAUUGAUUUUAGAUGAAGCUACAUCUGCACUUGAUGGAAAAUCUGAAGUUUUGGUUGAUGAAGCAUUACAAAACUUGAUUCAACAAGAAAAUCUUACGUCGAUAACUAUUGCUCAUCGACUUGCUACAAUCCAAAGGGCUCAUAAAAUUAUUGUUUUAAAUCAAAAAGGCAAAGUAAUUGAAGAAGGCACUUAUGCAGAAUUAAGUAAAAAUAUAAAUUCUGCAUUUAUGAGAUUAAUGAGGUCCCAAAUGUGUGGAUAUGAACUUGUCGAAACAAACGAAAUCAUUAAAAAAAGCCGAGUUACACAGUAA